AUGGCUUGUAGGCCAGGAGAGCUUCAGGGCUUCACAUAUCCAUUGUCUUCUGCCAGACUUGGAAAUCAACUCUAUGUUGAAGAUUCCUGGUUACAGGCCUGCGGUCAGACCAACAUCUCCUGCAAGAUGGUGAAGGGGAAGUUGGUGGAGGUAGGCAAGUGGCCAUGGCAGGCGAGCAUCCUAUUCCUGGGCAUGUACAUCUGCAGUGGGUCCCUCAUCCACCACCAGUGGAUCCUCACGGCCGCGCACUGCUUACAGAGAUCCACGGACCCCAAACAGUACUCCGUGAGGGUGGGAGUCCAACGCCUCCCAGAAAACGGCACUCAGCUCUUGGUCACUCGCAUCGUGAUUCAUGAGGGUUUCAACAACCUCAUAUCCCAGGACGUUGCUCUCCUGAAGCUCAGGGACCCCGUCUCUUGGUCCCCCCUCAUCCAGCCUGUUUGUCUACCCAGCACCAACUUCAAGCCGUCCAUCGGAACCAUGUGCUGGGUGAUCGGGUGGGGACUGACAGAUACUCAAGUGACCCCAAAGCCACCCUACAGUCUUCAGGAGGUGGCUGUCAAGAUCAUAAACAGUAAUAUCUGCAAUCAACGGUACCAGUUCCUCUUCUUGAAGGGCCAGAAGAAGUUCAUUGGGAACGACAUGCUGUGUGCCAGCUCAGAAUGGGGCGUGGACUCUUGUCAGGGUAACUCUGGCAGCUCCCUCGUCUGCCAAGUGAACAAGACCUGGAUUCAGAUGGGGGUGGUGAGCUGGAGUCAUAGCUGCGGCAGGCGCAACUACCCAGGCCUCUACACCAGCACCUCCCACUUCUCCCACUGGAUCAGGAGGCAGAUCUCUGACGUGAAGUUCAUCAGUAGGGCUAGCCCUGCCUUGCUGAGCCCAGUCUUCCUCACUGGCUACAGUCUGCUGGUCAACUUGCGCUCCCUGUGGCUCCUGUGA